CGAUAUAUUACAUUUAUUUCGCCAUCCCUGGACGGCAGCCGAAACUUGCUUAAAAUUUUACACAAAAUUACGUGUCUCGAUUGGAAUUUCGCAAUAUGGUUGACAAUCUACCGCCCCUAGAACCCAGUCUGCAAAACCUGGUCGAACAGGAAUCUCUAAAAUGGAUAUUCGUUGGCGGCAAAGGCGGCGUGGGCAAAACAACCUGCAGCUCCAGCUUGGCCGUGCAAUUGGCGAAGGUGCGUGAAUCGGUGCUCAUCAUCUCCACAGAUCCGGCGCACAACAUAUCCGAUGCAUUCGAUCAAAAGUUCACCAAGGUGCCGACUAAGGUGAAUGGCUUUGACAAUUUAUUUGCCAUGGAAAUCGAUCCGAAUGCGGGUCUCAGCGAGCUGCCCGACGAGUAUUUCGAUGGCGAAAACGAGGCAUUGCGUGUCAGCAAGGGUGUCAUGCAGGAGAUGAUCAAUGCGCUGCCCGGCAUCGAUGAGGCCAUGAGCUAUGCCGAGGUAAUGAAGCUGGUAAAGGGCAUGAACUUCUCGGUGGUGGUAUUCGAUACGGCGCCGACGGGACAUACGCUGCGGCUGAUCGCAUUCCCGCAGGUGGUCGAGAAGGGUUUGGGCAAGCUGCUGCGUCUCAAAAUGAAGCUGGCACCGCUACUGACGCAGUUCGUCUCCAUGCUGGGCAUGGCCGAUGUGAAUGCGGACACAUUGUCACAGAAAUUGGACGACAUGCUGCGCGUCAUAACGCAGGUCAAUGAACAGUUCAAGAAUCCGGAUCAAACCACAUUUGUUUGCGUAUGCAUUGCCGAGUUCUUUUCCCUGUACGAAACGGAGCGUCUGGUCCAGGAGCUAACCAAAUGCGGCAUCGAUGUGCACAACAUAAUUGUCAAUCAAUUGUUGUUUUUGGGCAAAUCGCAUAAUAGCUGCAGCAUGUGCGCAUCUCGUUACAAGAUCCAGGAGAAAUAUCUCGAUCAGAUUGCAGAUUUAUAUGAGGACUUCCACGUAACCAAGCUGCCGUUGCUUGAGAAAGAAGUGCGCGGCCCGGAGAGCAUUAAAACAUUUUCGGAAAACCUAAUGAUACCCUACAAGCCGAAAGAAACGGCGCCUAUGUAGGCAUUUGUUUGUAUGCAUCGUUCUAGUUUGUAAGAUUUUUGAUGAACUUAUUGUGUAUAUGUGGUUGCAUGAAAUAUAAAAACCCAAAUAUGGUCUGGUGUCGCUUGCAGUCAAUUUAAAAAA